UUUGAAGGCUGGCCCUCUCGUGUUCCGACGCUGUCCCUCGGUUAAACCCGGUGCCGCACGAAGCUGACCGAUCAACGUUCACGGUGAGAGAAAAGAGGAGAGGAAAAUGAAAGAGCGAGGGAGCUAGAGAAGGCGUAGAGAAGGAGGGAGAGAGAGAGGGAGGUGGAGGAGAGCUGUCGGAGCGUCCUGGGCGGCUGGGUGAGGCUUUACGCAGCUCACACCGUCUCGUCUUUGUCAACAGACAGAAAACUCGGGAGCGCGCCUUUAUGUAAAAUGCCCAUUCAUUAAAAUCCGGCUGUAGCUGUGUGUCCACGCCACACAAUAGGAGUUUAAACCUGCCUGAUCCUCCUUUACCGUAUACUGCAUCACUGAUCGGAUCACUACUAACAUCCCCGGCGAUGCGCUGUUAGAAGCAUGUGCCGCUGUGUUUGCUUUAGCAUCUCCUCAUGUUUCAAUCCGCUGGAUCCAUGUAGUAUUGCGGUAAUUGGUGUCGAUAGGUGGAUGUGAUGUUAUUGUGGCAGCAACGUGACCAGGAAAUGCCGCCGUAAGCAGGCCUGUCCAACCAUCUGUCCGAGCCAACAGUGCACGCUGGCUUUGGAUCAAGGCGCAGCGACGACGCAGUUUGACCGUGUGUUAGAGUUAGGGUUCACAUGUUGACGCUUCAGUCAUAUCUGUGUGGAUAAUCAGACGCACAUACACACACACACACACACACACACACACACACCCCUCAUCUGGGGAAAACAUGACAGCCCUGCGUCAGAGGAAAGGCAGCAAGGGGAAGGAGCCCAGCCUGGGUGCAGAGUUUCAGCCCCAGCAGCCCAACUGUUGCACCGAUCACCAUCCGGAGAAGAUCCUGCACGGUGAUUGGUCAUGGGGGACUAUAAUCUGGACAUCGAUUGGGUGGUCGGUUUCUGUUGGUCUUGGCCUGCUUUGCUGUAUCUAUGUGGCUACUCUACAUGAGAACGACUUGUGGUUCUCCAACAUCAAGGAAGUGGAGCGGGAGAUCUCCUUUCGGACUGAGUGUGGACUGUACUACUCCUACUACAAGCAAAUGUUGCAGGCCCCUUCCGUGCAGGAAGGGCUCUCAGAAUUGAUCCAUGACAACUUGACAGAAUCCAAAAGGACCAUUAAUCUCUUGCAACGAAUGAAUAUCUACCAAGAGGUCUUUCUCAGCAUUCUCUACAGAUUGUUGCCCAUACAGUCGUAUCUGGAGCCAGUGUAUUUCUACAUUUACACCGUUUUCUCGCUCCAAGCUGUGUAUGUGAUUGCUUUGUACCUCACCGCGUGGCUCCUGUCUGGUUCUUGGCUGGCUGGUACGCUCACUGGGAUCUGGUACAUCCUUAACAGGGUGGAUACCACUCGUGUAGAGUUCACCAUCUCCCUCAGAGAGAACUGGUCAUUGCCCUUCUUAGCGCUGCAGGUCACCACUAUCACCUGCUACCUCAGGCCUCAGCUCACUGCCUUGCAGCAGAAGGUGAUGGUGUGGUUGAUGUACGUGACCACGUUCUGUUUCUGUCUGACAUGGCAGUUCAACCAGUUCAUUCUACUUGUUCAGGCUUUCAUCAUUUAUACCCUUGACUGUGCUGACUUCUUAACAACUACACAGGUGACCACUCUGUACCUGGUUCAAGUGAGCGGCCUUCUGAGUGUGUGGCUCCUCCAGUUCUGUAACUCUAUGAUCCUGGGAUCACUGGUCCUGAGCUUCAUUGUAGCUGCGCUCUUCAUCAGACACUGCCAGUCUGGUCUGAAGACGGGAAGCCUGCUGGUUCGCCUGGGCAAAAUGCUCCUCCACAGCGCCAUGGUUCUUCUCCUCGCGUUCACCAUCAACUACCUGGCAAAGAAGGCACUUCAGCUCAGAUCAGAUGAACACAUCUUUAAAUUCAUCAAGUCGAAGUUUGCCUUGGGGCCGACAAGGGAUUUUGAUGCCAGUUUGUAUCUGUGUGAGGAGGCCUUUGGCUUGCUGCCCCUGGACACACUGGAACGUUUGGCUGGUACCCUGCUGCUUUACCCCUACAUUAUCACUCUACUGCUGCUCAGCGGCAUGCUGGCUGUGGCAGCACUGCAGAACUUGAGCAGACCUAAAGGAAGUUCAGCGGAAGAGAGGAAAGGAUCUGGAGAUGGCCGGCCGGUGGCUUUCCGUCCAGAUGUGGCUUAUAAUCUGUUGCACACACUCUUCUAUGGCCUCCUGGCUUUCAGCACUAUGAGAAUGAAGUACAUAUGGACUGGCCACAUGUGUGCGGUUGCAGCCUAUGGUGUGUGUGGGACUGAGCUGUGGACUCUGCUUCUCAACACUCUCCGCUGCAACACUAAAGUUCUGUUAAGGCUCGUUAGAUAUGCUGUUCCAUUGGCGAUGAUCGGAUGCCUGUAUUAUAAGUUCUGGCCUAAGGUGAUGGAGGAGCUAUCAGAACUGAGGGAGUUUUAUGAUCCAGACACUGUGGAGCUCAUGACCUGGAUUAGCACAAAGACCCCCAAGCAGGCAGUGUUUGCCGGAAGCAUGCAGCUCCUGGCUGGAAUCAAGCUGUGCACAGGCAGAGUUCUCACCAACCACCCCCAUUAUGAAGAUAAAGACCUGCGGGAGAGAACCAGACAGGUGUAUCAGGUGUACGCUCGCCGGUCCCCGGAGGAAGUCUAUGACAUCCUGAGGGCUGCUGGAGCCGACUAUGUGGUGCUGGAAAACAGCAUCUGUUACGAGCGGAGGCACAGGCGAGGCUGCAGACUGCGGGACCUGCUCGACCUGGCCAACGGACAUAUCAUGGAUGGACCUGGAGAGAAUGACCUAGACCUUGUUCCUGCCACCCACCCUCGAUUUUGUGAGGCCGUCAAGAUGGAUACAGCAGCUUACAAUGCUCUGUUCACCAGAACAUUCCAGAACAAAACCUUCCAUGUGUACCGGAUCAAGAAGAAACGCAAGAAAAGUACCAAGGGCUCGUCAGAGCCCAGUGUGACUCAGUAGCAGGAUGAGGGCUUCAAGAAAGCCCCAGCAGAGGCCAGAGGGGAGUGAGAGGGAGCAGGAGAAGAAAUAAAACACUGAAUCCGUGCUGUUCCUCGGUCUCCUCUCUGCACUGCACCCAGCUGUGAUCAUGCCUAUUAUUUUUUAAACACAUGGUUCUAAGAACUGUGGUGUUGGAGCGGUGGGUCAGUUCAGGCUUUAGGCUGCAAUGUUUUAGUUAGCCGGUGUGGGAGCACCUGUAGGAGUCAUGCUUCAGGCUGUACUGUCUCCACUUGUCCUGAAAAAAACAAAAGAUGAAAAAAUUCUAAUAACAUUCGAAAAUGACACUCAAAAAUUGAAGCUGAAGAACUUAACACACUAUUGACAAAAAUUGUAUUCAGAUUGUUCGCUUUAUAUUUGCUGUCGAGUUAAUUUUUGCCAAUGAAUAUAUGGAAAGAAAUGUAAGAUUUGCCAAAAGAUUCUGGUUUUUUGAAUCAGCGUACAUCCACUUCCAAAAUGGCCAAACCCAGCUAUUGAAACCUAAACUCUAACAGCCAAUUAAUGCUAUCUGUAUCCACAUGUCCACAAGGGAAUGCAUGAUGUAUAUUUCAGCAUCCAGUCAAGGCAGCCAAGAGUCUCCACACUUCAACGGCACCAGCUGCACAAGCGACAGAAAAAGAAAUGGUACUUCAAAAAAAAUGCUUGCUUUAUGAACAGACUUUACCAGGAGAUUCUCAGUCAUCUGCACCUUUUUAUUUCAUUGUUAAGAGUUGUAGUUAAAGUAGACACUGCAUGACUUUGGAGGAGCUUUGAUUUGUAGAUGCUUACCAUCAAUGGUUCCCAAACACACUAGGAAGUUUUAAGUUCUCCAGAACUCCUGUGCUUUCUCUGGAAUAAUGACACAAAUACAGUGCAAAAAGUGUCACAGCCUUUCAGGAAACUCCACAGGAGCGCUGUGUGUUUCUGUGUUUGAUAUGAAAAGCAAUGAGACGGUCGGUGUAGCAGCCCCAUGUUUACGUGUUGUAGUGUGAAUAGAACCACAUGUGUCUCUACUGUCUGCGUUCAAAGUCUGUAUUGCUUAUGCGAAAACCAUGAGUUUUUCUUUAUUUAGCAUGAUAGGUAUUUGAAAGGUCAAACUGCCACUGUGGUUCUGACCUAUGUCAGUUAUGAAUAGUGAUAGAGGUAGACAUUAGAGAUAAAAGAUAACCAGUUCAUAAACACUUGUACACUGCCAGUUUUUGAAUGUGGUAUUUUUGUGCAGUGUUGACUUGAACUGAAGCAAUGGGCUCUUUCUAAAUAUGGCAAAAUUAGACGAUACAACUGAAUAAGUAAAGGGGUAAAGCAAUUUUAAAACUCUGGUUUUCGGGGGAAAAGAUGUAGAUCUAAUGAGAAAUGACCUAGAGCCUGAUUAUUGUAAUAGGUUGUUUUCACUUGACGUCACUUCCGUGCUGGGCAGCGGGUGCGAAAUACAAACGGAGGGCAACAAGUGAAGUAGUAAGCAAGUCUGUAACCAAGAUGCCGAUGUUUUGCGUCGUUUACGGCUACUCAAAUCGUUCCAACCGGGAAAGAAGCAAGAGUUUUUACCGAGUACCCAAGGUAGUCAUUCAUAAAGGGGAAAGUUGUAAGAAGCUCGGAAAAAAUGGCUACUUAAUCUUCGCCUGCGAUCUGGAGGAGCAGAGUCAGAUAAUGCCCGUGUGUGCAGUGACCAUUUUGUCCAAGGUAACUUGUUUAUUCGCUUAUAGUUAUUAUGUACUUUCCUAUGUAGCACUAACGUUUGGUUUUUUCGUUGCUUUGUUUAAGUUACGUUAGACACACUGUGCUUAAUAGCUGUUGCUAACUGCUGAUGCUUACAUAUGCUAAACAUGAAAUAGUCAUAAAUAAUAAAAUAAACACUCACCCUGGUGAAAACCAAACGAAGGUCGUUGUUCAGUAGUUUUGAGCCCAGGUCGUGCACCCAUCCACUAACAAAAUAGUUGUAAGACUCCAUACUUUUGUACGCUUUCAUCUGCUGUUUUGUGUAGAAGGACGUCUAAGUAAUUUGCGAUGUCAACUGCCUCAACAUCAGGCAAAUAUCUUAAAUCUGUCGAAAAAUCUGUCUUCUUGAGAAGGUAGGGAUCACAUCCGGCAUAUCUUGUGACUUUUUGCAGGUACCUUUCUUUUGCAAUUCCAUUUAAAGAGCUGCAAUAGACACUUUCCUCUAUUUCUUCCAUUGCUGUAGUUUACGUCUUGCCCUCCGUCUGAAUCUCGCACGGUGUCAGAAUCACGUGACUGAAAACAAGCUAUUGGGCAGCAAACUAUUGCCUUCAUUCCUAUCCAGUUGUCUAUCCUAUUCUUCAUGGUGCAUUUAAUGAGCUUCCAUUAUUUUUAGCCAUAUAUUUGUAUGGCCCAUCUCAUGGAAAGAGAUGUUUGUGUGAAGUUACAGGAGCUGCUAAGGCUCAGUCACCAACUGUUUGGUUUUUGUUGCUCGGUGCCAUUGAGCUGACUAGCUGUUUCUGCUGGUGAACUAACUGACAGCACACUGAAACAUGUCAGUGCUACAGUGUCACAGUGCUGUGAGAUGUGAGACUUCUUCUUGCGUCACUUUCUGCAAACCUUUCCACUCUCUGUCAGUUUUCACUUCGAAAGAGGAGACUUACUGAAGGUGCAGCACAGCUAAUAAUACCCCACUGCUGCUUCCUCCAUUUAGAACUCUAGCCCUCCGUUUCCCUAAAGGUCAACAAGAACAUAGUCUGCUUCACCAGAUUGACCACCAGAUCACUAGAUGAUUUUUAUUCAUCGGGUAUAAGACUCAUUUCACCAGCUUUCUCUACCCCUUCCGCUAUUCACAAGUUGCCAUUUUUCGAAACUCCUUUCAGUAUGGGAAGCAACAACCUCCAGGCAACAAUCUACGAAAGUGAAAAUGUCUAACUUUGCAGAGGAUUUGGAUUGCACGGUGAGGCAGCCUUACUGGUUUCUUUGGUUGACAUCGCUUGCCUCGAUGUGCACAAAAGUUCCACUAAAACAUUUCACUGGACCCUGUUCCUAGCUGUGCUAAUACAAUUAAUUGUAAUUGUGUGGGUGUUUUUGUCCUGCGAGUCAUUCCAGAAUUAGAGAACAUUCAAAAUCUUUGAAAAAUAAACCUUCUUUUAGAAUUUUCUGCUCCAUAUUCAUCAUUAAGAGGUAAUAGACUAUCAAAGGUUUUAUUAACUCAGCUUACACAUCAAUGGUACCAUUUUUAUUCCAUGUUUUAUUUGCUGUUUGCUAACCCUAUUGUAAUCACAGUAACAGGGUUGCUAAUCCAUCCUAAAGUUAGCAUUUUCUCAGGAAUAAAAGCUAAUGAUUUAGCUAGCUGUUACUGCUGACCAAGAAGACAAACAGACUGACCAUAACAUGGUGGCAUGAAGACAUGUGAAACAUUCAAUCAAGGCUGACAAUGUUGUGAAAAUAUGAAAAAUAGAAGAGAGGACAUACAGUGCAUCCAGAAAGUAUUCACUGCUUCACUUUUUCCACAUUUAAUGUUACAGCCUUAUUCCAGAAUGGAUAAAAUCCAUUUUUUGCCCUCAGAAUUUUACACACAACACCCUAUAAUGACAAUGUGAAAAAAUUUAUUUAUAAUUGUUGCAAAUUUGUAAAAAUAAAAACCUUAGAAAUCACAUAUUCAUAAGUAUUCGUGGCCUUUGCUCAAUACUUUGUUGAUGCACCUUUAGCAGCAAUUACAGCCUCAAGUCAUUUUGAAUAUGAUGCCACAAGCUUGGCAUGCCUAUCUUUGGCCAGUUUGGCCCAUUCGUCUUUGCAGUACCUCAUGCUCCAUCAGGUUGGAUGGGAAGUGUCGGUGCACAGCCAUUUUCAGAUCUCUCCAGAGAUGUUCAAUUGGAUUCAGGUCUGGGCUCUGGCUGGGACAUUCACUGAGUUGUUCUGAAGCCACUCCUUUGAUAUCUUGGCUGUGUGCUGAGAGUCAUUGUUCUGCUGAAAGAUGAACCGUCACUCCAGUCUGAGGUCAUGAGCGCUCUGGAGCAGGUGUUCAUCCAGGAUGUCUCUGUACAUUGCUACAUUCAUCUUUCCCUCUAUCCUGACUAGUCUUCCAGUUCCUGAUGCUGAUAAACAUCCUCACAGCAUGAUGCUGUCACCACCAUGCUUCACUGUAGAGAUGGUAUUGGCCUGGUGAUGAGCGGUGCCUGGUUUUCUCCAAAUGUAACGCCUGGCAUUCACUCCAAAGAAUUCAAUUUUUGUUUCAUUAGACCAGAGAUUUUGUUUCUCAUGGUCUGAAUGUUCUUCAGGUGCCUUUUGGCAAACUACAGGUCCAGGCCUUUUACUAAGGAGUGGCUUAUGUCUGGCCGCUCUACCAUACAGGCCUGAUUGGUGGAUAGCUGCAGAGAUGGUUGUCCUUCAGGAAGAUUCUCUUCUCUCCACAGAGGAAUGCUGGAGCUCUGACAGAGUGACCGUCGGGUUAUUGGUCACCUCCCUGACUAAGGCCCUUCUCCCCCACUCAACUUAGAUGGUGUAGCAUCUGACCUGAGACGUGUGAGACCAAACGUGUGUUUCUAAUGACUUGAAACAUGUGAUGCUAGAUGUGUUGUGAGAUAUGUGCUAUAUGUUAGAAUGGUUUCUGUAACGAGGUUUAUCAAUGAGGUUCUUGUUUUUUGGUCUUCUAGUAUGAAUCACAUGUUGUGAUACGGUUCCACUUGUUUAAAACGUAUAAAAAUGACCUCCGUUUGCUAUUUGGAGAGAUUAAUUUGGCGGAAUCCUCCCAGGCAGUCUCUCUGUCUGACUGAUGCUGUUCUUCCUUAUAAUAAACUUAGUAUUAAGCAAGUCAGUGUCAACGGACAUUUCUUCUCCAGCUUCACGAACAUCAGAGAAACUACGACAAUGGCCGGCCAGCUCUAGGAAGAGUCCUGGUGAUUUCAAACUUCUUCCACUUACGGAUGAUGAAGGCCAUUGUCCUCAUUGGAACCUUCAAAGCAGCAGAAAUUUGUCUAUAACCUUCCCCAACCUUGAGCCUUUGAGACAAGCCUGUCUCGGAGUUCUACAGACAAUUCCUUUGUCUUUACGUGUGGUUUGUGCUUUGACAUGCACUGUCAACUGUGGAACCUUAUAUAGACGGCUGUGUGCCUUUCCAAAUCAUGUCCAAUCAACUGAAUUUACCACAGGUGGACUCCAAUUAAGCUGCCGAAACAUCUCAAGGAUGAUCAGUGGAAACAGAAUGCACUUGAGCUCAAUUUUGAGCUACACAGAAAAGGCUGUGAAUACUUAUGUACAUGUGAUUUCUCAGGUGUUUUAUUUUAAUACAUUUGCAACACUUUCAAAAAAAAUGUUUUUCACAUUGCCAUUUUGAGGUGUUGUGUGUAGAAUUUUGAAGAAAAAAAUGGAUUUAAUCCAUUUUGGAAUAAGGCUGUAACAUAAAAAAAUGUGUAAAAAGUGAAGCACUAAAUACUUUCUGGCUGCACUGUACCUUCGCUCUUCUGGAAAACUGUUUGAUGAUGUCAGCUCCAGCGUAUCAUGUGAGUCACUGUUUUCUUCUACUAGUGAAAAGGUUAUGGUAACAGGGCUGCGUGCAUGUUGUGGGACAAACGUUCCAUGCAAAGUAAUUAUUAUUUAUAAUAUUAUGUUGCUUAAAAAUGUUCCUACAAUUACAAGAUACAUCAAUGAAAAAAAUGAGACCAAAAAACAGAGUAUUUAAAUUUCAUUUGAAAUGUUUUAAGAUGCAAUUUGGUCAUCAGAGGGGCAGGACAAGAGAAAAUAGUAUUUUAGGGGGUACUCCAGAUUUAUUUGGUAUAUUAAAAAAUAUUUUUUAAACUUUCUUUUUUUUAAUCUCAAGACAAGUAAAUUUACACGUCAGCUGCAUGUUUUAGUAUUUUGUACAUGGAUUAUUUAAAAUUUGAAGGGUAGGUCGUAAAAUAUCCUCCAAUUCUGGAAUGACCCUGAUAGCAGAAUGAUACUGAGGUGCAGUCAGACCAUUCUCCAACACUGACACCGCACUGUGAAGAUGGGUCUGACUAUGCAAGAAUACUUGCCUCAUAAAUUUAAAAAAAUUUCAACAUCAUCAGUUUUUUCUUCAAAAGAGUAAAUUAAAUGAAAGUUCAUGUUGCUGCACAGCUAAUGAUAUGCUACCACACCUUCCACUAAAAAUCUCACCCUCCGUUGCCACCUAAAGUCAGCAGUAGCAUCACAAGAUGGUCAGAAGUGCACUUCUUUGGCACAUGGAUCAGCUCCACUUCUCCAAGCAAAUUCAGAGAUUAUUGCAAUCCUGUGGACACUAAUAUUUUUAGCCCCAAAUUUCUGGUGUCACAGGGCCUUCAUGAUUCCAUCUGCAACACUUUUGGACAUCAUUUAUUAUUUAAGCAUCACCCUUGACUAACUCGUGGAGUUCAUGAUAACGGUAGCAGAAAGGUUGCAGGGUGGAGCUAUUACUCAGCUGUGGCAUAUGUAGGGGGGAAAGCCCCACUGAGUAAGUUAGACCAUUAGCUUGGCUCAGCCUGGACUCCAAUGUUGUCACUUUUUGGCAGGGCACAUUCGGGCUUGGUGAUAAAUGUUAUCAAUUACUCCUGCAAAGAAAAGGGAAGAUAACUACGUUAGUUUCGAUUCCCGCUCGGGUGCUUAAAUGUGCUUUUGCUGUAAAACCGAGGUCAAAGCUAGUACCAAGUGAUAUUUGUGACGCCGUCGUCGUUGUGAUUGCUGUCAUGUUUUUCUUUCUGUCAGCUCUGUGAUUCUCAUCAGCAGCAGUCUCAACCUUUUCACUCUUCUCGCUCUCAAGCACACACACAGCUACAAACACACAUGAAUAAUGUAAGUGGCGAGGAAAUUGCAGCAGGCUGACAACGGCGCUGAUUCCCUGCCGCAAUCCAAAAUAGUUUGAGAGAGAGAGAGAGAGGGGGCCAACACUUGCAUAUCAAACUGAGGCUUUGUGGUUAGAAAGGAAAGUGGGGAGGAGGAGUGCGGAGGACAGAAAAGGCUCAUGUUUAAACAGCAGCAGAGGAGAAAUGAGAGUGCAUCAAAACAUGGAUUCACAAUGAUCUGAACUUCUUCCUCAUUUUCUUUUUUCUUCUUUCUGCAUAGGUAAUUAUUUAUUGGUCGGUGAGUCCCUCCACCAUUAUGUGUAUCCAAUACACACCCAAUUUGCCCUCCUUCUUCUCAUCUCAGUUUGUCUAUAUUUGUACACUUGUUAAUAAGGACCUCCGUCUUUGAUAAUCCACACACUGGCAGAUGCAUGAACACCCCUGCACAUGGCAGUUGCAGGGCUUUUUGAAAACCGUGUUGUUCGUUAACCGCGCAGCCUCAUUGUAAUUGCAUACCAAUCGGAUCAGUGUGGAACAGCAGCGCUUGUUCUUCCCCCUCCCACCCUCAUAUUGGAUGUUUAAUUUAGGAGAUGUCUGAUUGCUUUAUUUGAGAGUGAAGUGAUUCCAUUAUGUUUGCCUAAUAAGAGUGUACUAAUGUAAUAUUUUUUCUGCACUGUUAAUUUACAUACAUAUUGGGAUUAGUAGUUCAUUCGGAGGCACGCUGUCUGCCUAUGGUUUUCUUAAUGAAAAGGAGACGAAGGCAGUCGUUAACUUGUGUGUAGAUGUAGAAUUCUGCUCUGUUUCAAAGAAAUAGUGGAUGCUGCUGAAAUAAAUUUUGGAAUUUAAAAAGUAUGCUGCUGAAUUUAAGUUUGCACCUUAGUUAAAUUUAAGCAAAUACAAAUGUACACUGUAGACCUGUUUCCAAGCUGCAGAACUGAACCACCAUGUUUUGAUGCACCCUAAAUCUUGAGAGUAAAUUCCCUCUUCUGGGAAAGCAUUUCAUUUGUUUUCGGAAGCUGGAGACAUUUGAUCCUAUUCAGCCACUACAGUGAUAGUGAGCUCGGACACUGAUUGCAUGUCUGAUGGCUCCAAGAAGCCACUUAAAUUCCUCCUAAUAAUGUUAGAAGGGGUUUAGGUCGUUGCUCUCUGUAGGGUCGCACCAUUUACACAAGCUGUGGAGCAGAUAUUCACCCUGUGUGUAUUUUGGGAUAUCUAAUGGCUGGAUAUUCAUCACACUUACAUCAUUACAUCACUGGAAUCAUUCAGCAUCUUAAUGGGGGGAAAAUGUGAGCGAAUUCUGGGUAAUGCUUGACACCAGUAGACUCAAAAACAGACUGAAACGCUUUAAAAUGCCACAUUUGUCACGUGACAAAAUUAACAGUCAGCUAAUGUGUGGUAUUGUUAAGCUUGAGGGAAAGAAUAGGUUAUCCAUCUGACAUUAUCAGCAAACAAUGAAACAGAUGUAUUCAUCUAAGCCAUCCAGAUGAAUACAAAUUCAUCUGAGGAAGACAUCUAUUGUCUUCCUCUGGGGCCAGGUUGUGGAGGCAGCAGAUGAAAUGGGUCAUUCCAGAUGUCCCUCCCCUGCGCAACACUAUCCAUCUCUUUCUUGGGAAAGAGCUGGAUAGUGCUGGGAACGCCCUGAUCCCAAGGCCUUCCCAGGCCAGACAAAAUACAUAAUCACUCCAGGGAGUUCUGGGUCUGCCCUGGGGUCUCCUCCCAGGCAGACGUGUUGGGAAAACCAUGAAAGGACACCUCCCUGGGGGCAUCUGAAUCAGAUGGCCAAACCAACCAACGGUCAUGGUCUGAGGAAGCCAAAAGAACCACAUCAUCUGCAAAAAGCAGAGAUGCGGUCCUGAUCCUGUCGAUGAACACCACAAACAGAAUCGGAGACAAGGGGCAGCCCUGGUGGAGUCCAACUCCCACAGGAAUAGUGUCUGACUUUUUGCUGAGUAUGCGGACACAGCUCUCACUUUGGUUGUACAGAGACCGAAUGGCUUAUAUCAGCAAGCCCAGUGCCCCAGGCUCCCACAGUACCCCCAACAGAGCCCCUCGGGGGACACAGCCAUAGGCUUUCUCCUGAUUCACAAAACACAUGUAGAGUGGUAAGUCAAACUCCAAUGACCAAUUCAGCAGCUCUGCAAGGGUAAAGAGCUGAUCCACCAUUUCACGACCAGUACGGAAUCCGCAUUGUUUCUCCUGAAUUCGACAGUUGGGUGGAGCCUUUCUUCCAACACCCUAGAGUAAACUUUCCUGGGGGGCUGAGAAGUGUGAUACCUCGGUAGUUGGAACACACUCUCUGGUCCCCCUUUUUGAAAAUGGGGACCACCACCCCCGUCUGCCACUCUACAGGCAUCGUACCGGAUGCCCACGUGACCUUGUAGAGACAUAUCAGCCAAGACAGUCCAACAAUGUCCAGAGCCUUCAACAUCUCCGGGCGGAUUUCGUUCACACCUGUUGCCUUGCAACCAAAGAAGUUCUUAACUACCCUGGCAACCUCUGCCAUGGAUAUGGACAAAAAGUCCCCUGAGUCUUCAGGCUCUGCCUCCACCACAGAGGAUGUGUUUACUGGGUUCAGGAGUCCCUCAAAGUGCUCUUUCCACCGCCCCACAAUUCAAUUCAAUUCAAUUUUAUUUAUAUAGUGCCAAUUACAGUCAAAUUGUCUAAAGACGCUUUACAGAACCCAUAUGCUUGGCCCCAUUAUGGGUCAACAGAUCUCCCUCCUGACUGCACACAUCCUGGGUAAAGCCCUGCCUCCCCUCCCUGAGGCGUACAAUGGUUUGCCAGAACUUCCAUGAGGCCAACUGAAACUCCUUCUCCGUAGCCUCUCUGAACUCCUCUCACAUGCCAAAUUUUUCUUCUGUGACAGCCACAGCUGCCGCCCUCUUGGCCGUCCGGUAACCGUCAGCUGGCUCAGGACAUCCCUGAGCCAGUCAGGCGCUAAAGGCCUCCUCCUUCAGCCUGAUGGCUUCCCUCAUCACUGGUAUCUACCAGCAGGUUUUUGGGUUGCCACCACGACAGGCAACAGUGACCUUCAGGCCAAAGCUCUUAACAGCCACCUCUGCAAUGGAGGCUUUGAACAUGGCCCACUCAGAAUCCAUGUCCCGAACCUCCUCCAGGAUGCAGGAGAAACUCUUCCACAGGUGGGCGUUGAAAACCCCACGGACAGGGGCCUCCACCAGAUGUUCUCAGUUCGCCCUCAUUUGGGUUUACCAGAUCUGUCCAGCAGCCUUGCCUGCCAGCGGAUCCAACUUACCCCCAGAUGGUGAUCAGCUGACAGCUCUGCUCCUCUCUUUACCCAAGUGUCCAAGAUGUACGGCCACAGGUCUGAUGACACGUCUAUUGUUGAUCAUCGACCUUUGGCCAAAGGUGCUCUGGUACCACGUACACUAAUGAGGUACCUUAUGCUUGAACAUGGUGUUUGUUAUGGACAAUCUAAGACUAGCACAGAAAUCCAAUAAUAAGAACCACUCGGGUUCAGAUCGGGCAAGCCAAUCCUUCCAACCACCCUCCUCCAGGUUUCUCCAUCAUUCCCAACAUGAGUGUUGAAGUCCCCCAGGAGAACUAUGGAGUCCCCAGGUGGUACCCCUUCCAGGACACCACACAGAGACUCCAAGAAGACUGAAUACUCUGAACUGUUGUUCAGUGCAUAAGCACAAACAACAAUCAGAAAUUUCCUCUCCGCGACACGCAGCCACAGAGAGGCGACCCUCUUUUUCUCCGCUGAGAACUCCAACAAAGUGGCUGAGCCAGUGCCAUGUAAAUACAUAAGAGCUAUUUAUGAUGUGAAAUUUCUAAAUGGAGUGUAAAUAGCAAGUGUGUUGAGAGAUCACUGAACAGAACUUGACAAGGUUUUCUUUAAAGGAAGUUUCUUUGUACAUUUUGAUUGGAUAAGACACCCUCAAGUGCACCGAGAUAAACUGAUGGCUGCAUGAUACCUGAAGAGCAGCUUGUGACCCUGAACAUCAUGAUCACCUUCAGCACAAGCACCGUUACAUGUACACCUUUAUUCUGUCAGCAGUUAGAUCCGUUAUCUUGUGUUUGUAAAAAAAAAAAAAAAUGUUGUCGUAUGUAUUGGGUGCCUUUAGUAAUUUUAUAGCUGAGUUUUCUACUGUAGCACAUUUGUCAUAUCAGAAAUCAUACAAACUAAUAAAUGUUUACUCUGCAGUUAAAAAUCCUUCUCAUGCCAAGCACAUUAUUGGUAGAAAGAUACAUAAGAUGCCAGGUUUAGAUUUUGUUAGACACGUGUGUUCAGUGUCAGUAUGAUCAAUAAAAGUUUUCUCUCCCCACCCCCCCC